ACGCAAUGCUUCCAUCUAGUGGCAAUGUUAGAAACUGGGUCAUAAUCAAUUUGGCGUAUUAUUUAUGCUAUAUGAACAUUUAGAGGCUACAAAUAGGCUACAACCUUUCACAACAACGACCAGGAGGUUGAUAUUGAGAAAGAGGGCUUCUGAUAAUCGGUCGUUGACUGCACAGACCAGCGUGUGCGCAACAGCACGUAUCAAGCACAUCAAAAGCAUCUACAGCAAAUCUGUUGUGGCUGCAUGUUCACCAGUCCAGGCCGACGUUUGCUCGGCACGACAGACAUAACCUGCCCCUGGCUUUCCCCAGAAAAAAAGGCUGUUCGCUGUACCGCAGAGAGAAGCACAGGUGCUGGCAUCGUGAAAGCAUGGCAGAAGCGGAGUUACAAACCUUUACCUCUAUCAUGGACGCGUUGGUUCGUAUUAGUUCCAACAUGAAGAGUAUGGAGAAGGAGCUGCAUUGCCCGGUGUGCGAUGAGAUGGUGAAGCAGCCCAUCCUUCUGCCGUGCCAGCACAGUGUGUGUCUGCUGUGCGCGGCUGAGGUGUUGGUACAAAGAGGUUACCCUCCUCCAGACCUCCCCCCGGAGCCAAACUCACCAGCCUCCACACCCAACACUCGCUCCCCACGACAGACACGCAGACCCACACCCAGGACACCCGACCGCCUGGAGCGAGUCCUCAGAACAGUGUGUGGGACGUACCCAGGGCGGAGGCGGAAGGAUACGGCCCAUCCCCCCAUGCUGUUUCCAUGUCCUUCCUGUCAGCAGGACGUGGAGCUCGGAGAGAAAGGCCUGACAGACUGCCUCCGCAACCUCACUCUGGAGAGGAUUGUGGAGAGGUACAGACACACAGUAAAUCUGGGCAGCAUAGCUAUCAUGUGUGGUUUCUGUAAGCCUCCUCAGUCUCUGGAGGCCUCUAAGGGCUGUGCUGACUGCAAGUCCAACUUCUGCAACGAGUGUUUCAAACUCUACCACCCCUGGGGAACCCCCCGAGCCCAGCACGAACACAUUCUACCCACCAACAACUUUCGCCCAAAGGUCCUAACGUGCACAGAGCAUGAGCAGGAGAGACUGCAGUGGUACUGCCGUAACUGUCAGAGGUUGCUGUGCUCACUCUGUAAGCUCCGUCGCGUCCACCAUGGACACAAAGUGCUGCCUAUAGCACAGGCCUACCAGGCCCUCAAGGACAAGGUUACCAAGGAAGUCAACUUCAUCCUGGCCAACCAGGAGACAAUACAGAGCCAGAUCACUCAACUGGAAGCUGCCAUAAAACAGAUGGAGGCGAACAGCGCAGUGGCUCUGCAGCACCUGACCCACUGUAUUCGGGAGCUUGGAUCGGCUGUAGUUGAGCGUCAGGGUGCUUUGGCUCUGGCCCUGGAGGGAUCACGCAACAGGAGGGAAGAUGCACUGUCUUCUCAGGUCUCAGAGAGGCAAGGCCUGCUGGAGCACGCAGGCCUGAUGGCCUUCACCCAAGAGCUGCUCAAGGAGACUGAUCCACCCUGUUUCGUACAGGCUGCCAGAGUCACUCACAACAGGCUGGUGAAGGCCAUAGAAAACCUGCAGUGCUUCUCUCUCUCUGCUGAUCCCUCCUUCAGACACUAUCACCUAGACGCAUCAAAAGAGCUCAAGCUCAUCAACAGCUUGGAGUUUAUACGUGCCCCACUGGCCCCGGUCAUUGACACUCAGAAGACACUAGCAUACGACCAGCUGUUUUUGUGCUGGCGCCUCCCUCAGGACUCGGCCCCAGCUUGGCACUUCUCUGUAGAAUACCAACGACGAGCAGGAGUAGUUGGAGCCACAUGGGGCGGUACCAGAUCCCCUACUGCUUCAACAGCAUGGCUGCGUCUGGAUGAAGUUAGAGGAACGAGUGCUGUGGUUGACCGGCUGCAGAUGGACAGUGUGUAUGUGCUAAGGGUGAGAGGCUGCAAUAAGGCCGGGUUUGGAGAGUACAGUGAAGAGGUUUACCUCCACACUCCACCUGCACCUGUGUUGAGUUUCUCCUUAGACUCUCGCUGGGGGUUGCAUGCUGAUCGGCUGGCACUGGGUAAAGGCCAGACCUAUGCCCGAAGUGUGCCAGGCCUCUCCCUCUUGCAGGCUGCCGACCGCACACUCACUUCUUGCCACUUGACCUCUGACCUGCUGGUGGCCGACUUGGCCGUCACUCAAGGCAGACACUACUGGGCGUGCUCUGUGGAGCCUGGUUCCUACCUGGUCAAGGUUGGAGUAGGACAAGAGACAAAGCUACAAGAGUGGUUCCAUCUCCCCCAGGACAUGGCCAGCCCUCGCUGUGACCCAGACAGUGGCAAUGACAGCGGAGCAGAAGACGGCCAGGACUCCCCUCCCUUCUGCUUCCUCACCAUGGGCAUGGGCAAAAUCCUGCUUCCUCAAGGACAUGGUCACAAUCAGAGCCAAGGGGACAGCCAGAGCCAGAGCCAGGGAGGAGCACAUUCCCACAACAGCUCCCAUAGUAACCCGCCACACCCUCAUACCGCUCCUCUGCCACCCCGACUCGGUGUGUGUCUGGACUGUGACCGAGGACGUGUCACCUUCUACGAUGCCCACUCUUUGCGUAUCCUGUGGGAGGGACAUGUGGAUUGCUCAGCUCCUGUCUGUCCGGCUUUCUGCUUCAUUGGCGGAGGGGCCCUGCAGCUGCAGGAUCUUGUGGCCAAUCGGAGCAUCGAGGAGCCGCCGCCACGGAGGGUAACCAUCCAAACUCGUCCAACAAAUCUAAGUAAAUAAACUGCAAGGGAGGCAGUUUAUUAGCACAGUUCACUCAGUGAUCAAAGUUUGUCUCAUUUACAGUAAUGAAACCAGACAGGUCUUAUUCUCCCAUGUGUGAAAUAAUGAAUUGCCUUGAUCCUGUUAAGCUUUGAUACUUGAUUGAACUGUCACUGUGAACAUGGUUAUUUUUUUCCAUUUUUGGUGUAAUUUUUGAGACCUGACCACAGAUAUUUGUGGUUCUUUAUCCUGCAUCCGCACUUGGCCUGAAAAUAUAAAAUGUCUCCUCUGGCUGUUUGUUAUUUUCUUCCUGCUUUCCUAUUCUAUGUCUUUGCAAUGCUCCUAUGGACAUUGUGGUUGAAGUGAUUUUAGACUAUGCAGAACUCUGUCGACAGGGUGAGUCAAACACUUUUAUUACAGGUAAAGAAAAAUCUGUUUGUAAUGUAAGAAAAAUCUGCCCUGCACUUGUCUUAAUUUGUCCCAGAAUAGUUGGGCAACAAAAAGUUGCAUGCAGGUGUAACUAAGAUUCAUAACUUACAUAUAUGCAGAUAACUGACUGUCACCAUGUAAAAGCACCUCAGAUGUACUGUAUGUCUAAUUUUCUAUCUUUGGGAUUCAUUUUAUAUGUAGCUCCAGCAAUUAUAAAAGACGUAUAUAAUGCAGAAUUGGAGACAGUGAGCAUAUUUUUGUUGUUAAAUCGUGACGUUCUGCUGGCUCCAUCAGGAUCACGUCUCUUUGUCUGCACAGUCUCAGUUGGUAUUUUAUAUAGUCACUGUUUUGCAUUUUAAAAAGACUUGUUGUUUUGACUGGGUUAACAUGCUCAGAGUUACCUGAAUGUUUUCAGACUUAAGGCAGAAAUCAAAGUAAAAAAAAGGUUCCAAGGAAUAAUGUUCUCAUUAUGCUGUUAAACGUGAAUACAUUUCAGUGUUUUACAUUUUGACGAAUGUUAAAAACAUAGAUGGCCUACAGUACUUGUCCAGUAUUAAACUGUGGUGUUAAAGUGUUUUGCACAUACAUUUCAGUGAUCCGGUCUGACGUCACAGAAAGUGGAAUGAUGGCAAGGUAAUCAGCUGCAUUAUUACUAUUUAUUUUAUGAGCUCUUGUUGACUUUAAAUUUGACUUUUCCUUUAUCUUUCUUACUGCAACUGUUUUUGUUUUCAACUGAUUUACAGUUAUGUUUGGGGAAUGUAAGAGCCCAGUUAUGUAUCACUUCAAAGCAACAGAUUGUCUAUACUGUAAUUUCUUCAACUCAACUGGCUCUGACUGUAUUUUUGGUAUUUAAUAUGAUUUUUUUUUCUGGUGAGUUUGUGUGUGUGUGUGUGUGUGUGUGUGUGUGUGUGUGUGUGUGUGUGUAGUGGGAGAGUUAUCUGAGCUCAGGCUGUGACUUUCAUGCUUUCUGUUGUGUGUAUGUGUGUGUCCUGUCCUGAAUGACGUGUCUGGACUCCUCUACUUGCAUUACAGCACAGCACUUGAAAGACUUUAGAGUGUAGCAUCUCAGAAAUCAGAAUCUCUUUAUUUAGACUUUGCCUUGCUGGCAGAAUGUUUCUAUCAUGUCAUGAGAAAUAAAAAUAAAAAUAAAUGACUGAUAACAGUAA